GACCCGAGUUCUCGUCGCACGUGUGCUAUUUCACUUCUCUUUGCUGCUGUGUAUCGACUCGACUGAUAAACUCUCGAUUCCCGACAGUUGCACGUGUUUGUCAUACUGAAAUUUUGACUCCCAAUUAGUUUGAUUUUGAGACGAAUUUUUCUGUUUCUGAACCUUGAAUUCGAUUCGCCAAUUUUGGGUUGUUUGCCUCGUGGUUUUUGCGUUUAACUCAGUGAAACCGGCUCUUUUUUAUAUAUAUACUCCAACGGAUUAUUCAAUUGGCGCCCAAAAGUGGAUUUACACGUCGUCUGGUGAUUGAAACCUUUUUUCAUUUGGUGGCCACAGGUCGAUUAUGUUCUUGUAGUGUCUGGAUCUGCUGCAGUCGCCGAAUCAUCCCGAGAUGAUGAUGCAUCGCUCACGUCUGCUCCACCUGCUCCCACUCUUUUUGGUCUUUGCUGUCACCAUGGCAACCGACGAUGGUGGGUCCUUGUUGGAAGAUCCUCUUGCCACUGGCCGUCCGGGAUCGGAUUCGACGGCCCCGCUCUUCCUGGAAGAACCCGAGGACGCGUACGUGGUCAAGAGCAAAGCGGGAACACUCUCGUGUCGUGCCGCUCACGCACUCCAACUUUAUUUCGUCUGCAACGGCGAGGAGGUGAGGGCCAAGCACCACUCUGCUCACGAGUUUGUCGAUCCCAUGACGGGCAUCCGCCAGCUGGAAGUCAAGGUGGACAUUAGCCGCAACGACGUCGAAGAAUACUUUGGACUGGACGGCUACGGCUGCGAGUGCAUCGCUUGGUCUUCCUUCGGGCAAGUCAAGUCCCGCCGAGCCAAAGUCAUCGUCGCAUUUAUCCGCAAACACUUUACGGAGAAUCCUUACUCGCGGAGUGUUGAGCUGGAACGCCAAGUGGAACUGCGCUGCCUGGCACCUGAAGGGAUCCCGCCGCCGGACGUCACCUGGCAGAAGAAUGGCGUGCCCGUCGAGCCGAAAAAGGAAGGCAGCAACUUGAUCGUCAGCAGCGAGGGACAUUUACUGGUCGUUCAGGCCCGUCUGGCCGACAUGGGCAAUUAUACCUGCGUGUCGGAGAAUGUGGCCGGCAAGCGGAUCAGCGACACGGCCGUUCUCACCGUUUUGGUCAACGGGGGAUGGUCGUCUUGGUCUUCGUGGUCGGAAUGCACGUCAACCGGCCAGCCAAACUCUUGCGGUCGCGGGACUCAGAAACGGACUCGAUUGUGCACGAACCCAACGCCACUCAACGGCGGCCGCACCUGUCCAGGUUCCAACGUCCAGAAAGGCGAUUGCACCUCCAUCUGUCCAGUCGUGGACGGUCGAUGGAACGCCUGGUCCAGUUGGUCCAACUGCGGUCCGGAUUGUAAACAUCAUCGUCGCCGCUCGUGCACCAGCCCUUCACCCUCCAACGGAGGCAAAUAUUGCGUCGGCCGUGACUUGAUGUCGGCUAAUUGCACCGGCGGAAUGUGUCGAGCGGGAGGAGUUCGUGCCGACGAUCUCGACAGCUUAGAUGAAGCAACGAAAGCUGCGCUGGAUACGGACAUUGCUCUCUACAUCGGCCUGUCGGUGGCUGUGGCUGUUAUUGUCAUUUUCGCCGUCAUCGGUAUCGUCAUGCUGCGCAUCUUGCGUCGCAAACCCGGCGGACAUUCGCCCAUGUUUGCUGUUGGUGCAUCAGAAUACGCGACUGGCUACUACUCGGACCAGGAAAAGAAAUGCCUCGGCAUCCAGCCGGAUUUGACCCAGAAUGCCGGAAUUGGCGGAGCCAACAAUCGCCCUCCCGCCCCAGCUUAUUGCGAGUACACUUAUUCCGAACCCACGACAUCCGGAUGCGGAUCUGCCAGCAAGAGCGGAGCUUUAACUCCCAUAAGCGAACACCAUUACGAUGUUCCUCAUUUGGUCAGUCCCUCGCCGCCUCCUCUUCCGCCUGGAUUGAAUUUGAUGUCAACUCCCGACGGCGAACCGCCCGCGAGUCUUAUGUCGUUGGCCAGUAGUCCUCGCCCAUCGAGCCACAAUACCAGCGUAGAAAAGACUCCGCAUUCGGAUUCGGACCACAGUCUCAGCUCAACGUUGUCCUCAUCAUCAACUUCAGGUUCAGCAUAUGAUGUGGAUACGCUUCCGUCACCUUCGUCCAUCCGCCCGUUGCCCGGCAAUAGCACGAUCUUGCCUGCCAACGAGGUGGGGUGCGUCACCAUGGCCACGGUGACGUCUGCCGGCUCUCGAUUAGUCUUACCUGACGCUGGAGUGGCUCUAAUGAUCCCGGAAGGAGCUCUCAAAAACGGCCAAUUGCAGGAACAUUACCUUGCUAUUCUUCGCGAAGAUCGCUACCGCCCUAAAAUAUCCGAAUCCCAAACGCUGCUCAGUCCCAUUAUGUUGUGUGGACCCUCUGAUGUGGUUUUCAAGAAACCGGCCAUCUUGAGUUUCCAGCACUGCGCUGCUCUGAAACAGGGUCAAUGGAGUCUAUCGGUCUUUUACAGCGACUCUGCUCCUGAAGACCCUCCCAACUGGCAGAAAUUGGUGACGCUUGGAGAGGAAACGAUCAACACCCCCGUGUUCAGUCAAGUGGACGCUCAUCAGUGCCAUCUAGCUGUAGAUCAAUUAGGUCACUACGCUUUAGUUGGCGAGUCCGCCUGUCCAGGUGGCGGAAACAAUCCAGCCACCAAGACCUUGCGCUUGGCCGUUUUCUCUCCUCUGGCCGCCAACCAGCACUCGCUCGAGUACGGUCUGCGUUGCUACGUGCUGGAUGACACCAUCGCCGCCCUGGAUGCCGUCAUUUCGCUUGAACGGCGAAUGGGUGGACGUCUGGUGGACAAAGCAAAGUCCUUUUACUUCCAGGACGGUGGAUUUCCACUCUGUCUCGCUUUGGACGAACUGAGCCCUGGAUGGAGACUGGUGCAACGUGAUAUUCACCAAGAGAUUCCGUUUUCUCAAGUUUGGAGCAGCCGUCGCUUCGAUCUGCAUUGCGCCUUCACGUUGGAGCGGGAAAAUCGCCAGGUCAACAGCUUGAGUUGUCGAUUAGCCGCCCACCAGCAAGGAUCCCCUCAUCGCCAGUCGAUUCGCAUCGCCUUGGCCGACUUGAAAAUGUCUGGCUGCAAAGUGCCGUCGAGCCCAGGAUUGCCAAGAGCCUUGCGCUCGCUGACAGUCAGCAGUAACGGUAGUGCGGCUUCAUCUUCAGCUGCUAGCCAUUUGACGACAUUGGAUCCUAAAGCGCCCGUCUUCCGUCUGCAAAUGUCUGUCCGCCGCCAACUUUGCCAACUUCUCGAUCCUCCUAAUGCGCGAUGCAACGACUGGCGAUUGUUGGCCCAGAGAUUGAGCGUUGACAGGUACAUCAACUACUUUGCCACCAAGACUAGUCCGACUGAACACAUUCUCGACCUGUGGGAGGCCCGUCACCGUGAAUCGAGUGCCGUGACGGAUCUGCUCAACAUUCUGCGAGUCAUGGGACGCCAAGAUGCCGCCACCGUGCUGGAACGUUCCGCCGGAGGACCCUGGAUGUAGAAUGAUACGAUACCAUUCUUCAUCAGGACUUGGGCACUGGUGCGCUUGUGAUAUGCAGAACUUUGGCCUUAACCCACUUAUUUAUUUCGAAAACUUCACUCCCUCAACCCUUCUGGUUAUCUAGAACUGUUCCGACCCAGCAACUGUUAUUUCUCUUCACCCAUUUCGCAAUUUUGACGUAGAAAUGAUCUCGCGACUGGCAAAGACUAUUUCUCACUUUUCUGAGUCCACCUUAGACUGCCCUGAUGUAACAGUGCCUCAUUGUCUCGAUUUCUAGAUAACUCAUAUUUUUACUAUACUAUUCUAAAUUCUUUACCCAUCCAAAACUCACAUUAAAACUAUUUGAGGGAGUUUGCUACCAACCACCCCACCCCCCUUAAAAACCAACAAAACAAAAAACUAAAAAGUAAA